CUGCCGUGACGUAACGCCAGUGACGUUUCUGGGGCACCCCGACGUUGUGACGGACUUUAGCACACAGGCAACAGGAGAGCCGAAGACGUCUCGCAAACAUGGCUUUGAAUCGGAAUCAUUCGCAGAACGGCGGCGUUUUGAUAAACAACGGAGAGAGUGUUUUAAGGGAAUGUAAGAAUGUGGAGCUGACAUUCAGCGACGUCGCCUGCAAGACAGACCUGCUGAGGGGGACCAAGAAGGGCACCGUUUACCUCACCCCAUACAGGUUGCUGUUUGUGUCCAGUAAUACCAAGGACUGCCUGGGUUCAGCCAUGUUCCCCUAUUAUCUGAUGAAGGGCUGCAGCAUUGAGCAGCCUGUCUUUGCAGCCAACUACAUUAAAGGGACAGUGUCAGCUGAGGCUGGUGGUGGCUGGGAGGGCCAGGCCCAUUUCAAGAUGUCCUUCCCCAGUGGAGGAGCCAUAGAGGUGGGGCAACAUCUCUUCAAACUGGCCACAAAUGCUUCUCGUGCUGCUCCUGCCCAAAACGGUGCGGCCUCUAACGGCUAUCCUUCACCUGGACCGAUGAAUGGCUACGGCCCACCUCCUCCCGCCUAUCCUUACCCAACCCCUCCCCAGCAGAAUGGAUUCUACCAGGGCCCUCUCCCUGCUGCUGGCAACAUGGGCUACCCCUGUCCAACAGCCGCUGCAGGAAUGUACCCAGCUGGCUUUGACUACAUGGCCCCACCUCCUCCCUACCCUGGGCCACCCCAAAAUUGGGCUGCACCCCCCCAGAACUGGACAGCAGCAGCAGCACCACCACCACCUCCAGGUAACUCCAAGGCGGCUGAAGCAGCAGGCAGUGCAUAUUACAAUCCCAGCAAUCCACACAAUGUCUACAUGCCCAUGCAGGAGCGGCCUCCACCAUAUGCACCUUAUCCAAACUCUCCCGACAAGAAACACAACUAAGACUCAGGCAUCAUCACUUCAAUGACACUCCUCUCUCUUCCUCUGUAUCUUAAAUGUAUUCUAAAGCGAGAACAAAUGUUGAUGGAUACCCAGUUGAUCGUAGAAUAAUGAAAAAGUGCAAGUAAUAGAGGGCUCAAUGAUGUCGGUGACAAUUCACCAAUGAAUUCAUAUUUUGGAUACUGGAGUAGCUUAUAAAGCAAUUGCAUCUUUUAAAUACUGUUUUCCCCUUUUUAUUUAAGUAAAAUGAUUGACAACUUGUAACUCUA